AUGGCUUCUUUGAAAUUUGUUCGCUCGGUGUGGGAGUCCUUUCGGGCUACUUCGGGCCUUGAGCCUCGUCUCUUGAACAAUCUCCGUGUCACUGCUGCCCGUCCUGGUAUUGUCAACUUUGAGCUCGAUAUCCAGAAAGAGCAUACGAACCGCCUGAACAUCCUCCAUGGAGGCACCAUUGCCAGCAUGGUGGACCUCGGUGGCUCGUUGGCGGUGGCUUCCCGUGGCCUGUUCUCGACUGGAGUGUCAACUGACCUGAACGUGACAUAUCUCAACUCUGGUGGCAAGAUCGGUGACAAGAUCUUUGCAGAGGUGACCUGCGACAAGUUUGGUAAGACACUCGCCUUCACCAAUAUCAAAUUCACAAACCUCAACGGGCACAUUGUUGCUCGUGGAAGUCACACCAAAUAUGUGACACUGGCAUGGAAAGAUCCUCAGAAUAUCGUCGAGGAGAUUAAUAACUCUAAGGAAUAA